AUGUCUCAUGGAAAGCUAAGAUGCCUUGGCAGCUCUCUUUUCUUAAAAAAGCGCUAUGGAGUUGGCUAUUAUUUAACUAUUGUCAAAGAAGUAGGAGUUGCAAGCAAAUUACAUACGCAAUCAGUCACAGAUUUUAUUAGAGGCUACAUUCCUGAAGCUUCUAUUAUGAGUGACGUCCAUGCUGAAAUUUCAUUCCAAAUCCCGAAUUCAAGCUCAAACAAAUUUACUAGAUUCUUUACUGCUCUUGACAAUAAUUUGAAAAAUUUACAAUUACGGUCUUAUGGUGUCUCUGUCACAACCCUUGAGGAGGUUUUCUUGAGAGUUGCAAGAGGAGAUGAUAAUGAAAUCGCUAAAAAAGAGCAUGAAGCUGAAAAAGAAAAUGAGGUUCAGCUUGAAAAUGAUUUUGUUUUAUCAAGAGAUAGGCUACGAGGCUCACUCUUUUUCAGCCAUUUUUGGGCAUUAUUGAAAAAGAGAGUUUUCUGGUCGAAAAGAGACUUGAAAAGUUUAGUCUAUGAAAUUUUUGUCCCAAUUGUGCUAGUCAUUAUUGGACUUGGCCUGAUGAAAAUUGGAGAUAAUUUCCCACCUACUGAUAAAAAGAAGCUGACAGAAUCCUCAUACCCAGAUCCUCAAGAUACAAUUUAUUACUGGCCAGCUGGAACCAAUGUUGGACCUUGGUCACAAUAUCAAAACUCUGAGGCUGUUAGCAGUAUAAAUAAUACAAUAGAAGGCUUUGAUCAAUACUUAUUUGAUACUCGCAAAGAUCCAGAUCACUAUAGAAUGGGCUCUUAUUAUUUGACAAAUAUGGAUACUACUAAUGAUCAAUAUCAAGCAGUUAUUUUCCAUAACCAAUCAGCUCCUCAAGCAACUGGAGUCUACUACAACAAGCUUUCUAAUGAAAUUUUUGCCAAGUAUGGAGUAAAAAUAACAGUUUAUAACUAUCCUCUUCCUUAUACCAAAAAAGUGGAAGAUUUGAAAGGAGUUGGAGAUGGAUUUGCAGCAUCAAUAGUUUUUUCUUUAGGAUUUAGCUUUAUUCCAACAGGCAUUAUUGCUUUGAUUGUAAAAGAGCGAGAAACAAACGUAAAACACCAGCAUAUGAUUAGUGGGGUUUCUAGGUUUUCCUAUUGGUGUGCUAAUUUCUUUUGGGAUUCCAUUAAGCACAUAUUCCCAGCAGUUAUAAGUGCUGCUAUGGUCAAAGCAUUUGAUAUAGAAACUUUCACAGAUCCUGAUGACACAUACGAAGCAGUUUGAGCGCUCAUGCUCCUGUACGGUGUUUCUAUAGCCCCUUUUACUUAUUUUACCAGCUUUUUCUUCAAGAGCUAUCCAACUGCCCAAGUUGCCACAAUUCUUUUUAACGUCGUUGCAGGUGGGAUCCUUCCAGCAGUCAUCAUGAUUUUGUAUUUCUUCGAGUCAGCAAGACCUCUUGCAAGAGGGCUUAGAUGGAUAUUUAGGCUAAGCCCAGCAUUUUGCUUCGGAAAUGGAUUAUUAGAUUUAGGAAGUAUAACUGCAUAUUCGAACUGGGAUGAAAAAGAUGGUCUGUAUGAAGCUUUUGAUAUGGAUUCAGCCGGCUCUGAUAUUUUAAUGAUUGGGAUUAUGGUCCCAGUUUAUCUCUUUUUAGUCUAUAUUCAAGAAUACUUACUCUUUAUUAAUUCAGAUUUGAUUUUAUUAAAAUACGCGAACAUUUCAAAAAUUUAUUAAAUGCUUAUUUAACUGAAAGGAUUUCUAAAGAUUAACAGUAAUAGCUAAAUUAUUUUUGAAUUUUCAUUAAACGAAAUUCACUGCUUCUAAAUAUUAAAGACUAUUUAUUUGAAAGGAAAGAUAGAAACUCAUCAAAAAUUGCUUCAAAAAUUCUGGAAAACUCCUCAUGUGGCUCCAUCAGAAUAUGAAGCUGAUGAUGAUGUAGAAAGGGAAGCAGAAAAUGCUUUAAAUGUAAAUCCUCAAGAUGUUCAGGUUAAUGUCAGAGGAAUAAGAAAAAUAUUCAGGCAAGGAAUGAAUAAAGCUUUUGUUGCAGUAGAAGAUGUGAGCUUCAAUGUAAGCCAACAAGAGUGUUUUGCAUUCUUAGGAGUAAAUGGAGCUGGAAAAACGACAACUUUUAAAAUGCUUACUGGUGAAAUUGCUCCAACAGUUGGAGAGGCUUAUAUUUGUGGGCAUAAUUUGAAUACUGAGCUUGAUAACGCGAGAGAGUUAAUAGGCUAUUGCCCACAGUUUGAUGCAAUCUCAGAGCUGCUUACAGCAAGAGAACAUUUGAGAUUAUACUCAGAUAUCAAAGGAAUUCCUAAAGAUAGAAGAGAAGCACUUGUCGAAGAAAUGAUAGACCAAAUGGAUUUAAGGCAAUAUGCUGAUAUUUUGGCAGGAACCUAUUCAGGAGGGAAUAAAAGAAAACUGUCAGUUGCAAUAGCGCUUAUUGGGAAUCCAAGAGUAGUUUUCUUAGAUGAACCUUCAGCAGGAAUGGACCCAGAAACCAGAAAGAAAAUGUGGAAAGUCAUAGGAAACCUUAACUCCCCCCCCCCCUCCGUGAGCGAACAAAACCAUUAGAAAAAUCGCCAUUUUUUGACCAAAAACCCACCCUCCGUGAGUGAACAAAAAUUUUUUUAAUAGAAAAAAUUUUAAUGGAAAAAAAUUUUGAUAUAUAAGUGAUAAUUAGUAUAAUGAAAUCUAGAGCUAAUUCUGUUUAAUUUUAAACAAAUUGCGUUUUAAAACAUAAAUUUUGCAAAUUAAAUUAAUAUUUGCUUCCCAAUUUUUGCAAAUUAGGAUUUUUUUAAAAUUUCGAAAAAAAUAUUUUUUAUAAAAUUUAUAUAUAAAUUUUUUUUAAAAAAAAAAAUUAACCCCCCUCCGUGAGCGAACAAAAUUUUUUUGCUCGCUCACGGAGGGGGGGGGUGAGUAAGAGAAAGAAUUCUUCAGUUAUUUUGACAACUCACUCUAUGGAAGAAGCUGAAGCUUUAAGUGAUCGCAUGACAAUUAUGGUCGCAGGAAGACUUAGAUGUCUUGGGACUGCUACCUGGAUUAAAAGCAAAUUUGGUGAUCGAUAUGAAUUUGAAGCUAAAGUUGAUGUUCCUAGCCAUUUUGAAGUAAAUGAUAGAGGAAUGGUUUUAGAUCGUAUCCUUAUGGGUGAAACAGUUAUCGAUUCAAAUCAGAUUUUACCAUGCUUAAUCCGCCCUCCGUGAUCGAACAAAUAAUUAUCACUUAUAUAUAAAUUUUUUCAUACAAAAUUUUUCUAGUAAAAAGAUUUUAUAGCUAAUUCUGUUUAAUUUUAAACAGCUUGCAUUUUAAAUCAUAAAUUUCGCAAUUCAUUUCUCAAUUUUACAAAUUGAAUUUUUUUUAAAUUUUAAAAAAAAAAAUUUACAAUAAAAUUUAUAUAUGGAUUUUUAUUGAAAAAAAUUAACCCCUCCCGAGAGAACAAAAAAAUUUUGUUCGCUCACGGAGGUUGGGGAGUUAGAGAUCCUCAACGUAAAAGAUUUUUAUGAAGAAAUCCAUGAGAGAGGGGCAGGCUCUGCUUUGCAUCAACAAUUAAAAGUAGAUGGAUACAUAUCAAGGGAUUCUUUAGUUUCCUGGGUUAUUGUGGAAGAACUUGGUGAUAAAAUAUAUGGGUGGCUUAAAAGCGAAUUCAAGAGAGUGGAAAUUAUUGAGCAUUUCUCUUCACUAUAUAAGUUCAAGAUAUCAAAAGAAGAAGGCAAAUCAAUAGGAUACUUUUUCUCAGCUGUGGAGAUGAAUAAAGACGCAUUUAAAAUUUCUGAAUAUGCAUUGUCUCAGAGUUCUUUAGAACAAAUUUUCAAUGAUUUUGCCAAGAAAGGAGAAGAAGCUCAAGCAGGAAUUGUGAGAAGAUAUACUCAUGGUCAAUAG